CUACCCUUUUUCCCGCUUCGUUUGUGGUCUGCUCCCUUAUCCCCUACAGCACCACCGCGCAUCAUGUCGAAGCCCGACUGGAUUGAGAUCGGCCUGCCGACUCUCGAUCGCCCCUUCGGUCUCGCAGCAUGGCCCAUCUUCGAGAAGGCCUACGAAUCCAUCAUGGGAUACAAGCCCCAGGAUUUCCGCUUCGUUCCCGGCGAGACAACCCUCUCUACGUUCAAGAUGUGCACCGCCUUCCUCAUCGCCUAUUACAUUAUAAUAUUUGGGGGUCGGGAAGUGAUGAGGAACCGCGAGCCGCUGCAGCUCAACUUCCUCUUCAAGCUGCACAACUUCUACCUUACGGCUAUUAGUUUCAUCUUGUUGGUGUUGUUCGCUGAGCAGAUUAUACCAACCGUGGCUCGUCAUGGCAUUUUCUUCGCGGUUUGCGAUCACGCUGGCGGAUGGACGGACAAGAUGGUCAUCCUCUAUUACCUCAAUUACCUGACCAAAUUUUUGGAGCUUCUUGAUACCUGCUUCCUGUUCUUGAAGAAGAAGCCAUUGACUUUCCUCCACACAUACCACCAUGGCGCCACAGCUCUUCUCUGCUACACCCAGCUCAUCGGCCACACAUCCGUUUCCUGGGUCGUCAUUACCCUAAACCUAGCUGUUCACUGCGUCAUGUAUUGGUACUACUUUCAGAGCGCGCGCGGUAUCCGCAUCUGGUGGAAGAAGUACAUUACCAUCAUGCAGAUCACCCAGUUCAUCCUCGAUCUCGGCUUUGUCUACUUCGCUUCCUACACGUAUUUCACCAGCACAUACUGGCCUCACAUGCCUAACGCUGGUCAAUGUGCAGGCGAGGAGUUUGCCGCCAUCGCUGGAAUUUGCAUCCUCUCGUCGUACCUUGUUCUUUUCAUCCUGUUCUACUUCGCCACAUACAAGAAGCCAGUUCCCAAGGGUCGUCGUAGGGCUACGAGUGCCUUGGUAGAGAUGAAAGACGAGAAGGUUCCUACGGUCGGAGAAGCGCGCCGUAGACUAUCGCAGGGUGCCCAUGCACUUGCCAGUGCCCAGACCACAGGCGCGGCCACCACCCCCAAUGGACGCGCCACUCGCUCCCGCAAAGCUUAA